AUGCUCAUUCCAAUCAUAUCUUCAAUUUUAAUAAUGCUUCUGAUAUUUUUCUCCUUUUCACUGGGAUACUAUGUAGGCAGGUGUGAAGCUAGCAGAGCCAGCGAUAUAACGAACUCAUUCAAUAACAAGGGUAAUGGAACACAGGACUUCACCAACACAACAAUAAUCAUCAUCAAUGGAGGAUGGUCAUGUUGCUCAAUGUUUAACUUGCAGGCUGUCCGCUGGUUUGUCACCUACUCCGGCACCCCAGAUGCUUCCAGUACCUCACUCCAGAGUUGUGCUGCGUUUCC